CCUACGCGGCACUAUGAUCUUCCACAACAUACUUAUUUGGUAUCUAAUGCAACAAUUUUCAAAUUUCAAUUUCCAUUGAAACCUUUUCAUCAUGCUGAAUCCAAUCUAUGCAACCACCAUUCUCUUCACAUCCCUCCGCACUUCAUCCUCAUCCUCUUCCACAACCUUCCUCCUUCUCUACCCUUACACAACCUUCUUCGCUCGCACCCACCGCAAAAAGCUUCACAAACUCCCCACCUUCGACGACGCCGUCUCAUCUUUCAACCAUUUCCUCUCUCUCCGCCACCCACCUCCCAUUCAAGAAUUCAACAAACUCCUAACAACAAUAGCCAAACUCAAACGCUACACCACCGUCGUUUCGCUGUACUCCAAGCUGGAACUAAAUACAACCAUCAAACCCUCGCUUAUCACUAUGAGUAUAUUGAUCAACGGUUUUUCUCAACUGGGUCAAAUGGGUUUUGCUUUUUCAGUUGUUGGAAAACUCAUCAAGAGGGGUUUUGAGUUAGAUGUGAAAACACUUACUACAUUGAUGAAAGGUUUGUGCUUGAAAGGUAGGGUUUUGGAGGCACUUAGUUUACUUGAUGAUUCUGUUUCCAGAGGUUUUAGAUUUGAUGAGGUUUGUUAUGGGACGAUAAUCAAUGGUUUGUGUAAAAUUGGCAAAACAAAAACUGCUAUAGAGAUGUUUCCUAAGAUGAAGAAGAUUAGGGUUUAUCCUAAUUUGAUUAUGUAUAAUACUGUUAUUGAUGGUUUUUGUAAACAAGGACUUGUAGAUGAGGCUUGUGGUUUGUGUUCUGAGAUGGUUGCUAAUGGUAUUGGUCUUGAUAUUUACAGUUAUAAUUCUGUUAUUCAUGGUCUGUGUUCUGUUGGUCGGUUUAGAGCUGCAGCUGAGUUGCUCGAUGAAAUGGCUGUGCGAAGGAAAAUUUACCCGGAUGUGUAUACUUUUAAUAUAUUGAUUGAUGGUUUGUGUAAAGUGGGUUUGGUUACGGAAGCUCGUAAUGUGGUUGCUGUGAUGAUUAAAAGAGGUUGGAAUCCGGAUGUUGUUAGUUAUAAUGCUUUGAUGAAUGGUUAUUGUUUGUGUGGUGGUGUGGAUGAGGCGAAACGGGUGUUUGAUAAGAUGGUUGGAAGAGGUUGUUUGCCUAAUGUUAUCAGUUAUUGUACUUUGAUUAAUGGAUAUUGUAAGGUUAAGAUGGUGGAUGAAGCUAUGAUGCUGUUAAUGGAAAUGCAUAAGAAGAAUUUAGUUCCUGAUACUGUGACUUAUAAUUGUCUUCUUGAUGGUUUGUCGAAAUCUGGAAGAACAUUGUAUGAGUGGGACCUGGUUGAGGCCAUGCGUGCCAGUGGUCAACCCGCUGAUUUAAUCACUUAUAAUGUAUUAUUAGAUGAUUACUUUAAACAUGGAAAACUUGACAAGGCACUUGGAUUAUUUCAGCAUAUUAUUGAAAUUGGGAUUUUGCCAAACAUUCGCACAUAUAAUAUACUUCUUGAUGGCCUUUGCAAAAGUGGAAGACUAAAGUAUGCAAAAGAGAUUUUUCAACUUCUGUCUGCUAAAGAGUGUCAAUCAAAUAUCAGAACAUAUAACAUUAUGAUCAAUGGGCUUUGUAAAGAGGGUUUUUUAGAUGAAGCAGAGACCUUACUCUAUAAAAUGGUCGACAAUAAUUGCCUUCCUAACUAUAUAACUUUUGAUACCAUUGUUCGUGCGCUUUUGGUAAAAUAGUGGGAAUUGUUGGGGCAAAGAAACUUUUUCAAGGAAGGGUUACUGGGUGGUUUAUAGGAAAAUGACAUGACAAUUGACUAGGAAUUUUUUGACAAUUUAAAUAUUUUUGUUGGAGAUUUGUUGCUAUUGAAUCAUAAUUACUGAAGUUUGAAAGAAAGGUUUUGACUUGUUUAUAGCGAACUUUGGAACCAAGGGACGAGGGUAGUCGGGAAAAAUCCAAAACAGCAGAGUAUUGCUACAGGUCAGUUGAGUAAAGUGUUGCCACAAAUAUCAUUAAGUUCUUCUGCUUCCAUGACAGGCCAGUUGUGUUGAAUUCUACACAAGUUUCUGCAAAGGGAACUCAUCCUGCUGUGAAACCUGCCUGUAUGCCAGCAGUAUUAACUAACAAUAAAAAUAUAAUAAGUUAACCGGAAAAUCGUACGUGCAGAAGGGGUCAACGUUGAGAAAGUAUGUUAGGAAGUUUCCUCAAAUAUUGAGCAUGUUCCUCUGGUAACAGUUGCUUUUCCUAUGGUUGGUACUGCUACAGAAUUGACUGAUCAUGGCUUGAAAUAUUCUUCUGUUGUAACCAAAAAGAGGUUGCUGAUCAUCAUGAUGGUUGCAGAUUGAAACUCAUGAAUGAGCCUUCCGAUCAACGAGACAAUGGUGAAGGCUGUGUUAGUGAUGAAUAAAAGAUAACCAAAAAGAAUUGACUGAUCAUGGCUUGAAAUAUUCUUCUGUUGUAACCAAAAAGAGGUUGCUGAUCAUCAUGAUGGUUGCAGAUUGAAACUCGUGAAUGAGCCUUCCGAGUCAGAUGACAACCAUGCGGUAACUGUUGCUGUAGACAUUGGACUCUGACCAAGACUCGAGACAAAGGAACGAUGAUGGUGACAUUCUUUAUGGGGUCCUCUGUGGCUUAUAUGAUGGAGAAAACACUACUGUGUUAAAAAUUGUGCGUCAUCGGAAAUAGAAACUGGGAGAGAUCAAGCUAACUUUUGUAUUUUUGAAUGGUUUAAUUAUUUUUGUUUCACUAUUACCAACAUAAUUUGUGGGUGCAUUGCAGGAUCAAACUAAAAUGGUAUUGGGAUAUGUAACAUAUGCAGAUGAAGAAAUAAUUCGUGCAAUAGAAGCCGGUACCAUAACAGCGAGAUUUUAAUUAUUUCAAUCCGUUUAUUAUUUUUGUUUUACCAUGACCACCAUAGUUUGUGGUUGUAGGAUCAAACUAUAAUGAUAAUGGGCCAUGAACCAUCUGCAACUCUGAGGUACAGACUCCAGCCAUGGAAAUUGUACCGAAAGAAGUGAGUUUUAAUUAUUUUAAUUAUUUUUUGUUUUACCAACAUAAGAAUUUCCUUGUAACCUACCACUCUUUGUAUUUCUUUUUUUAAGUUGAGUGGCUUCAAAUGUCUGCAACACAUCAAACCUUGUAUGGUCAUGGUUUAGCAUUUGUUUUGUUUUUCUUCAGUAGUGAAGCCCUUAAAAAGAAUGUUAAUUUGCCACCAAGUGAUAAGAAUGUCACAUACAUAAUACUAUAACAUCUUAUUCUCGGUUUGUAGGUUGAUCUUCGGAGAGGAAGGAAGAGGGCGAUGGUGUGUUGCGGAGUAUGCGGUGAACAAGGACAUAACCAACUGUCCUGUUUCAAAACAUCCAGAGAGAGCGGUUUGAGACAGUAAUGUCCUGAUUAGUUUGUGAGAACAAUUUCGGUUAAAUUGUUUGACCCUUUCUAGACUUUUGGAUGGUUUGUGUUCGGGUUUUCACCUUUAAAAGAUAUUUUUGCCACAUACAUACUACAUAUACGAUUAUGCUAUGGUAGUUCCUCGCUGGCUCUCUUACACACAUACAUCUUUUACAUGUUUGGAGUUGCUAGUUCUAGGAAGACAAUGAAUGAACCCCACACCAUCUAAGAUAUUCAUGGUUGUCAAAAUCUCGAUCUAGAUAUUAAAAUCUUACAAUUGUGCGAUCUCACUAUCAUUACAACUCCAAAAGGAUGACAACUGACAAGAUAGGCACAACAAUUAUUGUUUGACGGCCACUACCAUUACAAGUCCGAAAGGAUGACAAGAUAGGUACAACAAUUAUUGUUUGGUGGUGAUGAAUGAAUACAUGCCUUUUAAAAUCACGAAGUUUUAGUUUUAGGGUGUAUAAUCAUCUCGGCUGUAGGGUUUGUUUUAAAUAAUGGGACUAUGAUAAACCAAGUAAUAAAAUAAAUGUGUCUCUAAAGUCAGGCAAAGAAUAUGAAAC